AUACGUCAUCAACACAAGCCUCGAUACGCGCUUUACAAAAAUCUUGUACGAUUAAUCGACACACGCUUCGAAGCCUCGACACGAAAGGACACAUCACUACUAACGGGUCGCUGCACAUUAAUUUGACUCUGUGCUAAGAUGUACCAGAUUGCAUGGUGCUGAUACAAUAUGGAAAACCUAAACAGAGGGAUGAACGUUCAGCUCGCGCGGACAUCUUUUUAAGAACCAGCCUGUUGAGAGAGUGGACACACUGAUUCUCGCAUUGAAACCAAUAUGUGAAUGUCUGGACAGAGCAACUCAUAUUUGCAGUUUAAAAAGUGAUGCCAUCACGGAUCAUCAUGGAAAAGCAGAAAUUAGUGAAUACUAUUGCUUCAACGCAGUUGGGGGGAGAAUCAUGUACCUUCAUCUGCACGGAGUGUGGUGAUGGGUUCAGUCAGUACUCUAAUGUGUUGACCCACAUGGCCAUUCAUGGACCUUUGGAGUCAUUUUCCUUUGAUGGCUCAUCCAAUGGAUUUGAAGUCUCUCGAGAAUAUGUGCUACAAGAAAAUGGUACACUGACAGUUGUGAAUGGCCAGUAAAACAGUUAACACAGUUUGGUUCCUCAACCUCGCUGUGGCAGACUUCCUCUUCACAGCAAGUUUGCCCCUGAGUGUGGUGUACUUGGCUUCGGGUUUCCACUGGCCUUUCGGUAAGUUCAUGUGCAAGCUGAACAGCACUAUAAGCUUUCUGAACAUCUUUGCCAGUGUCUACAUUCUGAUGGUGAUCAGCGUGGACAGAUGUGUGUCUGUGGUGUGGCCCAUCUGGGCCCAGAACCAUUGAAAUGUACGCAAGGCUUCCUGUGUGAGUCUGGGUGUUUGGGUGGUAUCUCUGAUUCUCAGCGCUCCAUACUUCAUCUUCAGGGAUACUGGGCCAUCAUUUUUCAAUAAAGACAUCAUCAACUGCUUCUACAACUUUGCCUUCUCUGAUGACAAUGAAUCACUGUAUGUGUUUCAGCUGAGUCUGUUUCGUCAUCAGGCCAUGACCAUCACCCGCUUCCUCCUGGGAUUUGUUGUCCCCUUCACUGUCAUUGUCUCCUGUUAUGCUGUGAUAAUCCAUCGUAUCAGAAGAAACCGCACUCUGGCCAGCCACCAGUCAAGUCGCCCCUUUAAGAUCAUCGCUGCAGUUAUCACCACUUUUUUCCUGUGCUGGGCUCCUUAUCACAUCUUCUCUUUAAUUGAGAUGGUACAUCACUUGGCUAAUCAUGCAAGUGAAACAUUAGGCCAUGUCACCACCAUCGGAGUCCCUAUAGCAACCAGCCUGGCCUUUCUCAACAGUUGUCUGAACCCACUGCUGUACGUGUUCAUGGGCCAUGAUUUCAAUGAUAAAGUCCGCAAGUCCAUCCUGAAUAUAUUGGAGACUGCCUUCCAGGAAGAAGUUUCUGAAUCUCGUUCUUACACAAAGUCAUUCUUACAAGUCAGUGGACACCAGUCGGAGCAAAGAGAAGUCAGCUCCUAA